AAGAAAAUAAAAUAAAGAAAACUGAAAAGUUUUGUUCUUCGUUAUUGGUGCUUAAGUUCCUUCAGUGGUCUCAUAAAAUAUUCAAAUAAUAUUAAAGAAAAGGGAAAACAAAAAAAUUUUAUUUAUAAUAUAAUAAAAUUUUAAAUCAACAGUUUUCAGUUUUUAGUCCCUUCGAAACCGAGUAAUUAAUGUGAAAAUCGCUUUGAUGAGUAUGCUCGGAUUGGUUUACUUAAUCUUAAUUCUAGGCUGGAUUUUAAUUGUACUCUUUCUGAAAUGUAAAAAAUCCAUAACACCGCAUAUAGGCUUAACUGACAGUUACACAGAUCAAAUGGAUCGUAGACGUCCUUCAAUUCAUAUUAUUCAAUUGCCGCAUGGCGAGUUAGAACGUGAAGAUCGACUAAUAGAACCAACACAAUGUGAGAGCACAAGUUCAAGGCGGCACUCACAGCGUUUGCAUUUAACCGCUGCUGAUGAACACAGCAUAGUAAGAACAUAUCCCACAGAUGCCAUAAUAAAUCCUGCUUACACACACGAUGAAGAGUAUGUAAUCAAUGGCGAAGCACCGCCACCAUCAUAUGACGAGGUAAUGCGGCAACCUGAGAUAUACCCGAAAGUGCAUCAACCUAGUAAAAGCUCAGAAGCUAAUAUUUAGGUAGAAUUGAAAUAACGGGAGAAUUUGAAAUAAUUAUUAAAAUUAGAAAAGAAUAGAAAUUGUAAGCAAAGAUAAAAAAA